UGAAUCUUCAGUGCAGCUACGGAAGGCUCAGCUACCUGACCUGAAAAAAGAAAAAAAAAAGCUUGAGCUGAUGGAAAAAUAGCAUACUUCAAUCACAUGAAGUUGAUAGUACGUGAAAGACGUAAACAACGACUCGGCUUUUCUGGCACCGAAAAGCUGAUGAUAAAGUGCCACACUGAUGUUACCCCAGUUGCUGCCGCGGCUCAGACGACUCACACCCUCCAAGUGAACCUCAUGAACCGGUGGACGAAGAGCAGCGAGUUGAUGAAGCGGGCCGAAGCACAAGAUAGAAAAGCCCAAAGUAUCUAAGAAGAGGAUGAAACUGAAUAAAAGGAUGCAAGAAUGAAGCAAAAUGUGCAGAGUAGACAAUACAAUGAUGAAAGCUUUGAAAAAGUUUUAGCCCCGCGGCCUGUGUUUACUGGGCCCAGCUGAGCGAGACAGCGCAGCCCGACCAGCGCCAGCCACCCUGCCAGUCCACACCUCCGCCUCAGUACGUAGUGGUGUUGUGUAGCAUCACUCUCCGCCAAUGGAACCUCUUUACCAUGGAACCUGAUAGUGAAAAAUUCUGGUAUGUGCACAGCUGUGAUUUGGAUGUUGGUAUACAAGUGAAAAUCGGUACUUUAGAUGGAAGGAGAGAGAAGCCAAACUACGAGGAUCUAUUAAAGGAUCCUUUACUUAAACACUCUGGGCUGCACCAGGCGAGCUGCUCAGACCUGUACGUGACCUGCCAGGUGUAUUCUGAUGGCAGAGAACUAACGCUGCCUGUACGCACGUCCUACAAGUCUUUCUCUACUCGAUGGAAUUGGAAUGAGUGGCUAACACUCCCUCUUAAAUUCAGUGACUUGCCUCGAAAUGCGGUCUUAGCGCUCACCAUCUAUGACUGUUACGGGCCUCGUCGCAGUGAGCCCAUUGGGGGCACCACCAUAUCUUUCUUUGGAAAACAUGCAGUCUUCCGCCAAGGCCUUCAUGACCUACGGGUGUGGCCCAACUGUGUGGCUCACCCUGAACAUACCCCAGGCAAGGUUCAGGACCCGGGCAAGGACCAGAUGCAGCGCCUUGCCAAGCUUGCCAAGAAGCACAGGAAUGGCCAGAUGAUGAAAGUGGACUGGCUGGACCGUCUUACCUUCCGAGAAAUUGAACUGAUUAAUGAAAAUGAGAAGCGUUCCUCCAACUCCAUGUAUCUGAUGGUGGAGUUCCCAAGGGUGGAGCACGAGGGCGUCAUCUACUCUGUGGUGUGGUGGGAACGUGGUGACCAGAAUGAGUACGAACACCACACAAGUGGAAACAUCGUGCGCAUCCCAGAUCCAGAAAUUGCCCUGGAGAACCUUCAGGAGGCCAAGCACCACCGCCUGGCCAGGUCUCUCAGGUCAGGAGUGACAGACAAAGACCUGAAGCCAAAUCUGUCAAUCCGUGACACCCUUCAUGUUAUCAUUGAGUAUCCACCCACCAAGCAGCUAACCAGUGAUGAACAAGACAUGGUGUGGAAGUACAGAUUCUACCUCAGCAACCAAAAGAAGGCUCUGACCAAGUUCCUGAAGGGCGUCAACUGGAAACUGUCUGGGGAAGCCAAACAAGCCAUAGAACUGUUGGGCAAGUGGGCACCUCCUGAUGUUGAUGAUGCCCUAGAGCUGCUGGGGCCUGGAUUCACACAACCUGAGGUGAGGCGCUAUGCAGUGGAACGCCUCAGUUUAGUGGCCUCAGAUGAAGACUUGCUACUUUAUCUCCUCCAGUUGGUGCAGGCACUCAAGUAUGAGGCUCUUGAUAGUGUUGACAUGAGCCUGUGUGAUGUUUCCCAUUACUCCUCCAGUGACACCAGUGGUGGUACAGGUCAGGCCGAGGAUACUACUUCUGAGCACUCGGCACAGCAAGACAAAAUGGGCAGCUCUGCCGGCUCAACAGGUGCUAACCUCACUCGGUCAACAUCCUCAUCACUGGAGGAGAGUGAGGCUGCUACUAUUCAGCGGUCGCCUUCAUCCUCACUUCUGGCAGAACCUGACAGCUCAGAUCCAUCAGCUGCAGCAACAGACUCUGUGCUCCUUCCUGAGUUGGCAGAAGUGGAGGCAGAGCUUGACUUGGCCUCCUUCCUAAUCCAAAGAGCAUGUAGGAACCCCACGCUGGCUAACUAUCUCUACUGGUACCUCUUGGUGGAGUGUGAGGACCAAGAGGUUGGGCUCAAGCAUGAUGCUAAGGUUCGGGAGAUGUACCUGUGGGUACUGCGGCGCUUCAAGUUGGCUCUCCAGCAAGGGAGUCGUGAGGCGCGGCUCACCAGGAUGUCCCUCACCAGGCAGCACCACUUUAUGGAUCAGUUGGUGUCUCUUGUUAAAACAGUCUCAAAGGAGAGUGGAAAUCGGAUGAAGAGGAUAGAAAAACUGCAGGGGCUCUUGGCAGAUCCUGAAAAUGCAAAUUAUAACUUUGCCACUUUUGAUCAGCUGGCAUUACCAUUAGACCCAGAGAUCCAAGUGACAGGCAUCAUCCCAGAGCGUGCAACACUCUUCAAGUCUGCUUUGGAGCCCUGUCGCCUUACUUUCAAGGCUGCCAUGGGUGGAGAGUAUGUGGCCAUCUUUAAACAUGGUGAUGACUUGCGGCAGGACCAGCUCAUUAUUCAGAUAAUCACUCUAAUGGACAGACUUCUGAGACGUGAAAACCUUGACCUUCGGCUCACUCCCUACAAGGUCUUGGCCACUAGCAGCAAACAUGGCUUUGUCCAAUUUAUUGAGUCACACGCUGUAGCAGAUGUCCUGCGUACAGAGGGGGGAAUCCAAAAUUUCUUCCGGCGUCAUGCCCCCUCAGAGACAGGUCCCUAUGGCAUUGCCCCAGAGGUGAUGGACACCUACAUUCGCUCCUGUGCUGGCUACUGUGUCAUCACCUACCUGCUGGGAAUUGGUGACCGUCACCUUGACAACUUGCUUCUCACACGCAAUGGAAACCUCUUCCACAUUGACUUUGGGUACAUCCUUGGCCGGGAUCCCAAGCCUCUGCCUCCACCGAUGAAGCUGAGCAGAGAGAUGGUGGAAGGUAUGGGUGGAGCUCAUUCUGAGUUUCACCUGGAGUUCCGCAAGCUGUGCUACACUGCUUUCCACCAGCUGCGACGUCACUCCAACCUCAUACUCAACCUGUUCUCCCUCAUGGUGGAUGCCAAUGUGCCAGACAUUGCCCUGGAACCAGACAAGACAGUACGAAAAGUAGAGGACAAGUUCCGGCUAGAUCUCUCAGAUGAGGAAGCAGUGAGCUACAUGCAGGGGCUGAUUGAUGACUCUGUGAAUGCUGUUGUGGCAGCUGUGGUGGAGCAGCUACACAAGUUUGCCCAGUACAUCAGGAAGUGAGAGAGAGAGAGAGAGAGAACCCAAUUAAUUAUUAUAUUAACUUCAGUGAGAACAGAGUGAUAAAGUGAAACUUAGAAAGGUCUUUUCUAUUUUUUACCUGUCUGUGUAUGUGUGUGUCAUGCAUGGUGAGUGUAUGCUGAUUCAAUGGAUUCACUACUAUUAGGGCAGGUGUCCUAGUCUGUCUGUGCUGUUUGUCACUGGGAAAAUGAGCUGAAGAAAGAGCAAAGUUGUGAGAGCUAUGCAAGUUUAAGGCAUGCCUUAUAGUGAUGAUUGGAUACUGCCAUAUAUAUAUAUAUAUAUAUAUAUAUAUAUAUAUAUAUAUAUAUAUAUAUAUAUAUAUAUAUAUAUAUAUAUAUAUAUAUAUAUAUAUAUAAACCAAAUUCAAACCCAUAUAUCAAUGUAAAGAAUAUCAGUUACAGGCAGCAGCACCACCACUACUAGCCCAUCACACUGCCUUCUUAGUUCAGUUAACUGUAUAUAGUAGUAAUAAUUAGCAAACCAUGAUAAUGGCACUGAACUUAUGAAGCAGUGUGUGCAUUGUUUACACAGGAUAUGUGGUGGUAGUAGUGUUGCCUCAUGCACUUGAUAUACAUUGAUGUAUAUAUUCUUCAGUGACAACUAAAGAUCAGUUUGAAUUCUGUGUGUUUAUGAAUUAUAUAACAUAUAAUUGCAAUAAAAAAUAAAUGAAUACCAGUACAACAAAAUCACUAAGUUAUGAAUAUAAGGCAGCAGCCAAUAGGUGUUCUACUUCAGCUUGCAUAAGCUCACACAACUUGUGCGGUUAUUCUUCCACUGAACAGCCUAUAGAAGUAAAGCAUGUAAAAAAAAUUUUUUUUCCAUAAAAGUUGUUACAUUAGUACCAAAAUUUACAAGCAAUGAAUAAAGUGCUUUUUGCAAAUUAGAUUAAAUAAAUCAUGAGAAUUACUCUAAUGAUAAUUGUGAAGCAGCAUACUCUAAUGAGGCAUUAGUAUUGUAAAGCAGCAUGUUCAAUGUUCAUGAUUAAAAGUAUUAAAUAAUCCAUAUAGUUUAAUGAUUCAAAAGUAUGUAUUUGAAGGGUGAGACUGAUGCUGAUUGACAGGAGUGAUUGAUAUUGAUUGCCAUAUGUGACAGUGAAUGAUUUGCUUUGACAAGUGUGACUGGGAGGCAGUUAGGACCUGAGAAAGUCAUGCAACACAAAGACUGAGAAAGUGAGUUAUGCUGUUCAUGUGUAUGAGGCAGUUUUUAUAUCCAAGAAUGAUGUAAUAAUUGAAUAAUAAAUACUGUAUUUCUAAGA